AUGCUUGGAUUUUUCGUGUCUGUACAUCCAUUUGCAAUCGUCUGUUGUCGUUGCCAAAUCGCAUCUUUUGUUGAUGAAUCUUUUUACGGACUGGUUCACCUCUCAAGUGAAUUUGGGACCGCUUCAGAUGGAUUAGGUGAAUCGUGUCCCGACGAUUGGCUUAAACUGGCGCCAUUCACAAUGACUGACGCAUUUUCUGUGCAAACAAUUACAAUAUUUCUGUCAGAUAACAUCGCCACCCUCUCGAACCUCUUGCAUCACACCGCUUCGGGGGUGUCCAGUUCACACUUGCAGCUUGGCAUUCUGACCUCUCUGCAGGAAGCGGAUCCGGCCGCCCAACUCAACACCAGCCUGCUUGGAUCCACCUUCAUGUCGCACGGAUCACUCAGAGGGUCUGCUGAGCAGAGCAGCCACAAUCUAGUGCAUGGUGGGUUCGCCGAUGCCCUCGUCGGCCUGUUUUGCUUCAUCAUAUUCUCGCCCACUCUCCCACUC